CGGUGUGCUUACACAAUGACAGUUUCCGUCAGUUUCACUCGCGAGUCGUAACCGCGUUGAACAAGCUAUUUGUCAUUUCCAGUUUCAGUUGAAACGAGCAUUUCAUUUUUUCAAACUAUCGAUCGAUGUCUAUUACUACAUCAAACAGAGAAAGAGAGUAAUUUAUGAGAUAAGUACAAGUUGUACUUGCUGUAGUUUAACUUUGAAGUUACAGCUCGAGGCCCAGCGGAGAGCUCGAGCGGCAGCUCUGAAAAGUUUGUUGUUGUCACGUGACGUGAGACGAAUGUGGCGAUAAAAGUUUGUUUAGAAAGUUAAACUAGGUGGCGUACAGCAUUAUCUAAACCUACUGAACACCGUCUUCAUCACAAUGCCUCAACCAAAAUAUCGAAAGAUUGCUGUUAUAGGUUACAGGUCUGUAGGAAAGUCAUCUCUUACAAUACAGUUUGUGGAAGGACAGUUUGUUGACUCCUAUGACCCCACCAUUGAAAACACUUUUAACAAAAUGGUCAGCGUGAACGGGCAAGACUUCAACCUUCAGCUGGUCGAUACAGCUGGACAAGAUGAGUACUCAAUUUUCCCACAGUCCCACUCUAUGGACAUCCAUGGCUAUGUCCUUGUCUACUCAGUGACUUCCAACAAAAGUUUUGAAGUUGUGCAGGUUCUACAUGACAAGCUGCUAGACAUGGUUGGGAAGAUUCAGGUCCCAACUGUUCUUGUCGGGAACAAAAAAGAUCUCCACAUGGAAAGGGUUAUCAAGCCAGAGGAGGGAAAGAAACUUGCUGAUUCCUGGGGUGCUGCAUUCAUGGAGUCCUCAGCCAAGGAGAAUGAGACUGCUGUGGAGGUUUUCAAGCGAAUCAUUUUGGAGAUGGAGAAAGCUGAUGGAAACGCAGCCCCAGAGGAGAAGAAGUGUGCUGUGAUGUAAACGUGCAUCCAGGACAUGAGUAAGCUCAUUUGCUGAAGACAGGGGGCACAACUUCACCGGCUUGCCAAUCGUGACCUCACCGACACCAUUACACUGCAGUGGACCUUUUCUGCUCCGUUAUGAUACCAGAUUGAUUUGCAUAGCAAGGUAUAGUUUAUCAACUGUCCAGACAGCUUAUAAACUAUACCAUUCAUUGUAACCACAGGGAGAAAUUUCUAAGAGCAUGACUAAUCUGUUUUAGACAAAGAAGUGCCUUCAGUGAGCAUUUUCUUGAAAUAUUGAAAUGUAAUUUUGAGUUUUGAGUUGAAUGCUCAGACAACAAAAUAAGAUUGCCCCAAUUAACUGCAUCAAAAAAAAAUUUCAGGAACAUAUGGUAAUAACUACUUCUAAAUCUGCUGUUUGAGACAUCAUUGGCGUAUGUCUCAUAAUUCUUUGAAUAGUUACGUUAAUGUACAGUGAGUGACCUUUUUAGGGCUGGUGUAUUAUUUCAGCAGGUCUUUUUUUGACAGUGAUGCAGAGUCACAGUUCACAUUGCUUUAAAUGUGGUGUUAAAAUGUCACUAUUUCUCACCAAUGGUGGAUUUCCUUGGAACACCUCAGAAUGAGAUUUCUGAUAAGAAAUUUCACUGUGGUUUCACAGUUCUUCUCACUGUAAUUUUUAUCAACUCAUCUUCAGGUACCGUUCACCUAUGAAUUCUUGAACUGUGUCUUCAUGAUGAAAGAAUCUAUUUGUAUAUUUAACAACAGAUAUUUUAAGCUUUUCUGCUAAGCAGAUAGGCCUCUCCCAUUGUUUCUACAGUUUAAUUUCUCAUGACUGACUGUAAUAAAGUUGUUAUCUUAUGGACAACCCUCAGAGAAAUUAGUAUAGGUUGGAGCAGAUCUUUGGUAUUUACCAGUUACGGCCUUUUUAUACAAUAUAAAUAGAAUCUUAUAAAUCGGUUUGAUACUAUUGGUUAUAUCUUGAGUGGUUCAGGUUUGCUCUCCCUUCAAUAUGAUGAGUAUAUGCUUAUAAGCGUGUUAUAAUUAUGAACAUUGUUGAGUUGCAAUUUUUAAAUUGCAUUUUAACACUGCAUAAGACCAGUUAAGUGGCCGAAGCCCACAGAGUUAGCUUAGUAAUUUUGAUUUGAUGGUUCAUACAAGCUUGAUAAAACCAAGCCAGGAUGGCAUGCAGCCCAUUUAACUCAUAUUGUGGACUUGCAUGAUCACUGUCAGACACUUGAGAUCCUUAAUGACUUGUUUUUCUUAGCUUGUGUAGCCUUACAGAGACAUGACACAGACUGUGGAUUUUUCCCCACAAUCCUCAUGUUUUGCCUGUAUUGGGUAAUUGUAACUUUUUAUCAAGUGCUUUUCUGAGUAAGUAGUUGAUUUAUGGAUGAUUGAUGGUUGAACAGAAGCUGGUGAUGCUGUGUCUUGUGCCUUACAGUUUUUCAAACUCCCACAUCUGCUUCCCCUCAUGACUCAAGGUGCUCUCAAAGGUUGUUUUUUUCUCCUUCUGUUGACUUGAUAUUAUGGAUGCAGGUGGUGGUGUGCACCUGAACACCAAUAUUUCCCAUGUGGGUAAAUGUUAAUUCAGAAAUCUUGCUGUAAACAGUUUUGUAUAUAAAUAAAUCUGUUACUCAUUUGA